UCCUGCCCCCCCCACGCCCCCGCCGUAUCCCUCCCUCACAGCUCCCGGUCUGGAAGACUCCCACUACUCCUUAUAAUUGGUAUAUGUGUUUAACCCUAACUUGUGCAUUAUGGCAGACAAACUAACAAGAAUUGCUAUAGUCAACCAUGACAAGUGUAAGCCAAAGAAAUGUCGUCAGGAAUGCAAGAAGAGUUGUCCUGUGGUUCGAAUGGGAAAACUUUGCAUAGAAGUCACAUCACAGAGCAAAAUAGCAUGGAUUUCAGAAACACUUUGUAUUGGUUGUGGUAUUUGCAUCAAGAAAUGUCCUUUUGGAGCCUUGUCAAUUGUUAACUUACCUAGCAACCUGGAGAAAGAAACAACACAUAGAUACUGUGCCAAUGCCUUCAAACUUCACAGGUUGCCUAUCCCUCGUCCAGGUGAAGUACUGGGAUUGGUUGGAACCAAUGGUAUUGGAAAAUCAACUGCCUUGAAAAUUUUAGCAGGAAAACAGAAGCCAAAUCUUGGAAAAUAUGAUGAUCCACCUGACUGGCAAGAAAUUUUGACUUACUUCCGAGGAUCUGAAUUACAAAAUUAUUUUACCAAGAUCCUGGAAGAUGACCUUAAAGCUAUCAUUAAACCUCAGUAUGUGGACCAGAUUCCUAAAGCUGCAAAGGGAACAGUGGGAUCAAUUCUGGAUAGGAAGGAUGAAACUAAGACACAAACUGUUGUAUGUCAGCAGCUUGACUUAACACACCUGAAAGAAAGAAAUGUUGAGGACCUUUCAGGAGGAGAACUUCAGAGAUUUGCUUGUGCAGUUGUUUGCAUUCAGAAGGCUGAUAUCUUCAUGUUUGAUGAACCUUCCAGCUACUUGGAUGUCAAGCAGCGCUUGAAGGCUGCCAUUACUAUUCGGUCCCUAAUAAACCCUGACAGGUACAUUAUUGUUGUGGAGCAUGAUCUAAGUGUGUUAGAUUAUCUCUCUGACUUUAUCUGCUGCCUGUAUGGUGUGCCAAGUGCUUAUGGUGUUGUUACCAUGCCUUUCAGCGUAAGAGAAGGCAUAAAUAUUUUCCUAGAUGGCUAUGUUCCAACAGAAAAUCUAAGGUUUCGAGAUGCAUCUCUGGUAUUUAAAGUAGCUGAGACAGCUAAUGAAGAAGAGGUUAAAAAGAUGUGUAUGUACAAAUAUCCUGGAAUGAAAAAAAAGAUGGGAGAAUUUGAACUAUCCAUAGUAGCUGGAGAAUUCACCGAUUCUGAAAUUAUGGUGAUGUUAGGGGAAAAUGGAACUGGCAAAACAACAUUUAUCCGAAUGCUUGCAGGAAGACUUACACCUGAUGAAGGAGGUGAGGUCCCAGUCCUAAAUGUCAGCUACAAACCACAGAAAAUCAGCCCUAAAUCUACGGGAAGCGUCCGACAGCUGCUGCAUGAGAAGAUCAGAGAUGCCUACACACACCCCCAGUUUGUAACUGAUGUGAUGAAACCUCUUCAGAUAGAAAACAUCAUUGACCAGGAGGUUCAGACACUGUCUGGUGGUGAGUUGCAGCGUGUGGCAUUAGCUCUUUGUCUGGGUAAACCUGCAGAUGUUUAUCUGAUUGAUGAGCCCUCAGCAUAUCUGGACUCUGAACAGCGUCUGAUGGCUGCCAGAGUCAUUAAACGUUUCAUUCUCCAUGCUAAAAAAACAGCUUUUGUGGUAGAACAUGAUUUUAUCAUGGCUACAUAUCUUGCUGAUCGUGUGAUUGUUUUUGAUGGCAUUCCUUCCAAGAACACACUGGCAAACAGUCCACAGACUCUUUUGGCUGGAAUGAAUAAGUUUUUAUCUCAGCUUGAAAUCACUUUUAGAAGAGACCCCAACAAUUACAGACCAAGAAUAAACAAACUCAAUUCCAUCAAGGAUGUGGAACAAAAGAAGAGUGGAAACUACUUCUUCCUGGAUGACUAAAUAUUGAAUCUCAGCAUCUUUUUAACUGGCAUCUAGAUAUGCAUAUUGGAAUCUGAACAGCUGUGAUGAGAGGGCUCAGAUCAGGUUUUAGAACAAUUAAUCUUUUGGAGCUUAAAAUCUCAUGCUGCAUUUAACAUCUGAGAUAGUAGCAGUAAACCUCCUAGUCUGAGUAAAACUGCCACUUUCUAUAUUUUGGUGACACAGCCCUAUUUUCAGUGUAAUAAUUUCAAAAUAGACCACCUUGAAAUUGUGCAAAUGGGUCUUCUGAUUUCUCAAAAUCUAAGGGAGGUUUUCAGUUCAAUAUAUCCUACUCACAUACCAAGUACUGACUGAACUUCCUCAUUUUAAAAUAAAUCUUUGAAGCUCUUUUCUGUAUAAGAGGGAAGUUUACUAAGAAUGUCACGCUACAGGAGCAACUCCUCUUUUAAAAAGGUUGAAUCUCUCUGGCUGAGGGUUUCAAAAAUAAAAUAUCCACCUAACUUACAACUCCUCUGUGAUACUGCAGAAUUUCUUCAAUUACUAAUUCAGAACUGUGUAUAUUUAUAUAAUGUCACACACCCUUUCCUCACACUGUAGCGUACACAGAAGAUGCAGUACAAAGAAUGUAAAGGAAGGUAGCUACACCUUUUUUUAAUCAUCUCUCCCUGGGCAUGUUCUCAGAUCUAGUGAGAUGAAAAUAAUCAGUGAAAUAAUCUUAAAGAAAUAUAAACAUGUUUUCCAUCUAUCCACCUCACUCUUCCAUGAAGUUUUAAUAGCUGAGAUGCAGGAAUUACUUUUUCCUGAAAUGAAAGCUUUGAUCCUUACACUAUGACAAAGAAAACAAAUUUUUAAAGACCUCAUUAAAAACUUAUUUCCAUAGACAUUAAGGCCCUUCAGGGAACCAGAAGGAGGAUUUAAAAGUUCCUGCUUACUUAAGCAGACUUGUUAAAACGACUUGCAGCUAUGUAUCUUAAAAGCAAGAAAGGUGAUUUUCCAUUCACCGGUUUUCUGCUGUCAUUGGCAUGUCAAAAACAGCAUGAGAAAACAUGGCUUUGUUCCUUGUUUACAUUUUUGCCUCAGAAUGUGCAGAAAGGAGUGGGUUUUUUGGGGGGCUUUUUGCCAUUCUGUGUGUUAGUAAUAUGGUUAUUUCAUAACUGCAUUAUAUACACACUGAGCAUUAUAUACACACUUACCUCUGUCUUAUAACAGCAAUGCACCUGUACUACACCAGCAGGGGGGCUCCCUAAAGAAAUGCAGGUAUUGAAUCCAUCCUUAC